AUGAGCAUCGCUCGAUGCACUUCUAACCACCCAGUCAUCCGCCAGAUCCGCCAGGCCUGUGCGGAGCCCUUCGAGGCCUUUGAGGCGUGUCUUCGGCAGAAUGAAGCGGCCACAGGCAACUGUGCAGGGCAGAUGCGCCGCUUCCUGCAGUGCGCUGAGCAGGUGCAGCCGGCCAGCCCACCUGCCACUGUGCAGGCACAGCCACUUCCUGCCUCCUGA